AGGAUUUUCCUGUCAAAAAAUGGAAACAUUUUAAUUAUGAUUUGCUAGAAAUCUUUUUUACCAUUAUUCUGCUUACAAUCUCCUCAAUUCCAGACGAAUCAUGGCAAAUAAUAUGAGUGCACAGGACCCCAAUGAAAUCGCAAACAUUUUUAAUGCUUUCUCUAUCAAUACUGGAUAUGUUAAGGAGUUAGCAUUGAAACGUCUCCACCAGACAUUGAGUCAACAACUGGAUUUUCUUAGCACUAUCAAUCACUGUAAAGAAUACAAUUCUAUCGAAGUUAAGGAAACUCCACACAGCCUGUUUAGUUGGUCAUAUGAGGAAUUUCUGGCAAGAAGGCAGCUAAAAUCCUGCGAGUGGAUUGAUGGGCUAACAAUGAAAUAUUCAAUUAAAUGUCUGGAAAAGCAAAAAGCCAAAGCAGAUUUAAAAGAAAUCCAAAGAUUUAUGGAAUUGUUAUUUAAGGUUGGCCAUAAAAUGUGUAAUGAAACAUGUAGCACAGAGGAUGUGGAGGAGAUGCUAUGGAAGCCAUUAAGAGAUGCCGUGUCAUACAACAAAAUGCCACAAACGCUUGUCAGUGACCAUAGCAAAUUGCUUUCCGAAUAUAAAGAAGCUCAGUCUCGGGUUUUGACUAUGAGUGCCUCGCAAGGUUUGGACAGGCAACAGACUAGCCUAAUGGCUUUAGAGGAUAUGGUCAUAAGUUCAGAUGUUUGGUAUCCCAUUGAGUUACGCUAUGCUACAAAUUGGUACAAAUCAAAGGUGAAUCAAAUCCAAUAUGAAAAGGAUGCCAUACAUGCUGACUAUGAAAAUGACAUUGAAAGGCUUAAAAUGAAGAUCAUCCAAGAAAAACAUUGUGGCGAUAGUAUAAUGGAUUGUUAUUAUUCUCUGAUGGAGCAAUACAACCAUAAUAUCGUUGAACUGGAAGAACGCUUCAAUCUUGAAUUGGAGGAAAUGGAAAAUAAGAAUAAAUACUUACGGGCACAAAUUAAUGGAUUAAACGAUGCCAAACAACUGCAUACGGAGAAAAUUGAACAAUUUCAUAGGGAAAUACAACAGCGUUUGGAACUAGAGGAACGGAGGCGAGCCCAAGCCGAAUUAAAGAGACAAGAAGAGGAAGCUGCUGCUUUGGCUUUAUUAGAAGCCAAGAAACUAAAGAAGCAACAAAAGCGCAAAAAGGGCAAAGCUGGCGCUAAAAAGAAAUGAAGAGCUGGAAAAGUUUACCAACAAAUAAAAUUCAUAGCAAACUUUUUGUUAAGUUUCGAAAUUUCUUUAUAUUUUUAUUAAUACUCAAUUUGUAUAUUUUAGUGACACUAAUUUGUAAUAUUGUGGUGAAAAAUUUUUAAAAAUAAAAAGUUGGCUUGUAAUUAGCGUAUGCUGUGGCGAUCUA